GUCUGGUUCCGGCGAGAACGCUGUCGUCAGCACCUGCUGCCUUUGUAACUUCGUCUUCGUGCCAUUGAUUUUCUGCCAUACGCAUCUUUCUCUCUCGUGUGAUCCUUCCGUUAAUUAUCUUUUUGCUACCUGUUCCCGGUAACAAAAAAAUGACGGAUACCUUGAGAACUGUCAGCUGGAGCGAAGUGGAGGCGCACAAGUCUAAAGACAGCACGUGGCUGGUGAUCAAUGGCAAGGUGUACGAUGUGACGAAAUUCCUGGAGGAGCACCCCGGUGGCGAGGAGGUUUUGCUGGAAAAUUCAGGCAAGGAUGGCACGGAGAACUUUGAAGAUGUGGGGCAUAGUUCGGAUGCCCGGGAGAUGAUGAAGGAGUACUUGAUAGGGAAGAUCGAAGACGUUAAGAAGAAUGUAAAAGUGGAGAAUAAGAAAGUCGACGCAAGGGCGGAAGCUGCCAAAGCCAACAAUAAUUCCUGGGUUGCCUGGCUGGUACCUGCUGGAUUUGCGAUUGCUGCGGCCGUGGCUUAUAGACUUUUUGUUGCUUCCAAAGCCGCGCAUGACCAUGUAUAAGAGGUUUCGGCUGUAAGACAAUCCUUCAAACCGAUUCCACGACUACCUAUUAGCUCGAGCUUUUACCAUACCUCAAUUCUCAAGCUGACCCUACAGGCUUUUUCCAGAAGUGAAGCUUUCGAAUGAUGUAUUUGACAUAUUUUUGGCACAUCUUUGAUUUUAUUAAUGCGGUCUUUGCAGAAUUUUAACUUUCUUAUUGUUGAUGCCGAAUGAAAUGAGGAAGAUGCCAGGUAAUUUAAGUGUAAGUUUUGAACCAUGCUGAUGUAGAAAUAUCAAAAUACUGUAACCUCGUUUGGCGUUGCUUUUCGACAAAUUUAUCGUGAUACCAUUAAAGAGCGGCAAAUGUGAAUGAAAUCCAUUUCUUCCA